AUGUACCAGUGGAACUGGCAGUCUCCUAAGUGUUUGGAGGAGAGAAGAGAGUUUAUAUUCUGUUCAUACUACUCAAAAGCAGGCUGUCCCUUUCUUGCUCUUUUGUCUGGAGAACAGGCUUUUGUUGAGGCUUUUUUGGUCUAUGCCUCAUGGUGUCUCCAGGUUGGUGACCGCUUCAGCUACAAGUCUGUUGAUGGACUGGACAAAGCUUCUGUAGCAAAUUCGGAUGGCCCAACAGCAGGCUCCCAAACGCCUCCCUUCAAGAGAAAGGGGAAACUCUCCACCAUCGGUAAAAUCUUUAAGCCUUGGAAAUGGAGGAAAAAGAAGACCAGUGACAAAUUUAGAGAAACCUCAGCAGUAUUAGAAAGGAAGAUAUCCACAAGACAAAGUAGAGAGGAGCUGAUAAGAAGGGGCGUUCUUAAGGAGUUGCCUGAUCAAGAUGGAGAUGUAACAGUUAACUUUGAAAAUUCAAACGGGCACAUGAUACCCAUCGGAGAGGAAUCUACCCGAGAGGAAAAUGUAGUAAAAUCUGAAGAAGGUAAUGGCUCUGUAGCUGAAAAAUCACCACCUCUGGAGGAAAAGGCAGAAGAUAAGAAAGAGAACACUGAAAACCACUCUGCAACACCAGCAGCUCCUGUUCCGUCUCCUCCAGCUCUUCCUAAGCCUAAACCCAAACCUAAGCCCAAAAAAACACCUGUGCCUCCAAAAGGGGCUGCUGCCGGGGCAAGCCCCAAGGGUGACGAAGUGCCUCCUAUUAAAAAAAUUACCAAGGCUCCUGGUAAGCAGGCCCCCGUCCCUCCACCCAAGCCAACGAGCCGAAACACGACCCGAGAGGCUGCUGGUUCCUCUCAUUCAAAAAAAACAACUGGGUCCAAAGCAUCAGCUUCACCAUCUACUUCCUCCACCUCAUCUCGUCCCAAAGCUUCAAAGGAGACACUUUCUAGCAAAACAGGGACAGUGGGAAUCACAAAGGGCAAGAAAAAAACUGGCAAGCAGCCAGCCUCUCGCCCAUCCUUGGAUGCAACCACUUCUGGCACAUCUGACCUUAAAGGAGAACCUUCUGAGAUGAGGGUGGAGAGUCUCAAGCCUGAGCAGACUGUCCCUGGGACCGAUGAGCAGACCACAGGCAAAUCUAAGUCUGCAGUCCCUCCACCUCCUGUGGCUCCUCCACCUCCUCCCCCCGCCCCUCCUCUUCCUCAUGAGGAGCAGUGCGCUUUUGCCUCAGACACUCCUGUUGUCCUGGUCAGCAAUGGAGCUGACCUGCCCGUCCCUGCCUUAGACCCAAGUCAGCUUCUCUGGACCGAAGAGCCCACCAACAGAACCACUGUCCUCUCAGGCACUGUCUUAAGUGUUAGCAGAGAAAAUGCAAAAUGUUUUACAACCAAAGAUGAGCGGGGAAAGGUGGCAGCUCAGCUACUGAUUCCUGGGCUGACGGGAGAAUCUUCAGAAUCCUUCAGUGCCCCUGAGGAUGAAGGCCAGAGGGAGGCCCAGGCCAGUGACUCAGACUCUGAUGGGCCUGUCUUGUACACUGAUGAUGACGAUGAUGAAGAGGAGGAGGAGGAUGGCAGUGGAGAAAGUGCUUUGGCAAGUAAAAUACAACGAAGGGAUACUCUUGCUAUCAAACUCGGCAACAGACCAUCAAAGAAGGAACUAGAGGACAAAAACAUCUUGCAGCGCACAUCUGAAGAGGAGAGGCAGGAGAUCCGACAGCAAAUUGGAACCAAGCUCGUCAGGAGACUUAGCCAGAGGCCCACGACUGAAGAAUUAGAGCAAAGAAAUAUCCUAAAACAAAAGAAUGAAGAAGAAGAACAAGAAGCAAAAAUGGAACUUAAGCGCAGACUCAGCAGAAAGCUCAGUCUGAGACCCACAGUGGCGGAGUUACAAGCUCGAAGGAUCCUGCGGUUUAAUGAGUAUGUAGAAGUCACCGAUUCUCCCGACUAUGACCGCCGGGCAGACAAGCCCUGGGCCAGGUUAACACCUGCAGACAAGGCAGCUAUAAGGAAAGAACUAAAUGAAUUUAAAAGCACAGAAAUGGAAGUUCAUGAAGAGAGUCGACAGUUUACAAGGUAG